AUGAUUGGCGCAUCAAUAAACGGCAGGAUGUGGACGUCGGAUAUGGGCGCCUCUCAAAAUGUGUUACAUGAGAGAGAAGAAGAGCCCGUCGGAGCCGUCGAAGCCGGUGCCGACGCCAUGGGGCUCUCCUCCAGGGGGGCCUCCCUUGCCCCUCCUGCCAAGGCUCCGGGCCCCAAGGAUUUCAUCGUGCUACCGUCCCCGCCGCCAUCUGGCGGCAGCGCCGCCAUCCCCGGCCUAGUGCUGGACACAGCCGCUGCCGUCACCGCUAUUGUGGGCCGCUGUAGCGCCUGCAGCUGCGCCAGCGGCUGUAGUGGCAGUCGCAGCGGCUGCGUGUGCAACGGUGGCAGUAGCGGUGGUGCUGGAAUACUUCUCAUCUCGGGUAUCGCUACAGCCAGCAGUGCCGAAUCAAGGCUGUUCCACGUGGCAAAGACCCCCCGGCAUGGCCCGCGUUCGACUUUUCCAGGUUAUUUAAAUUGGUCGCUGGUAGAGAAGAAGAUGGAGGCAACGGAGGUGGAGGCAACGGAGGUGGAGGCAACGGAGCUGGAGGCAGCGGAGGUGGAGACGGCAGCGGGGCUAAAGCCAGCAGUCCCUUCCCAAAGGGAUCUGAGGCGGCCAGCGGUGUCCGGCUAG